GAAAUGUUGCCACCGCGGGAAAGGAGCCGGCUGUAGCUUGGUUCCUGCGCGCAUGCUGGGGCUGUAAAGCGCGGCUUUGUGCACUGCUUGCGGCUCAGGGAGGAGGACACCGGGGCUCGCCUUCCCUCCUCUCCUGCUGCUGCCGCCAUGAUUCCAGUGUCGCUGGUGGUAGUGGUGGUGGGUGGCUGGACUGCAGUGUACCUGACCGACUUGGUGCUGAAGUCAUCUGUCUAUUUUAAGCAUUCUUAUGAAGACUGGCUGGAAAACAAUGGAUUGAGCAUCUCUCCUUUCCACAUAAGAUGGCAAACAGCUGUUUUCAAUCGUGCCUUCUACAGCUGGGGACGGCGAAAAGCAAGGAUGCUUUACCAAUGGUUCAAUUUUGGAAUGGUGUUUGGCGUAAUUGCCAUGUUUAGCUCAUUUUUUCUCCUUGGAAAAACGCUAAUGCAGACUUUGGCACAAAUGAUGGCUGACUCUCCCUCUUCUUACUCUUCAUCUUCAUCUUCCUCUUCCUCUUCAUCGUCCUCAUCUUCUUCCUCUUCAUCCUCCUCCUCCUCCUCCUCUCUUCACAAUGAACAGGUGUUACAAGUUGUGGUUCCUGGUAUAAAUUUACCCGUCAAUCAACUGACCUAUUUCUUCGCUGCAGUUCUCAUUAGUGGUGUUGUACAUGAAAUUGGACAUGGGAUAGCAGCUAUUAGGGAGCAAGUUCGAUUUAAUGGCUUUGGGAUUUUUCUCUUCAUUAUUUAUCCUGGAGCAUUUGUUGAUCUGUUCACCACUCAUUUGCAACUCAUAUCACCAGUCCAGCAGCUAAGGAUAUUUUGUGCAGGUAUCUGGCAUAAUUUUGUCCUUGCGCUCUUGGGUAUUUUAGCUCUCAUUCUUCUCCCAGUAAUUCUCUUGCCAUUUUACUACACUGGAGUCGGCGUGCUGAUCACUGAAGUUGCUGAGGAUUCACCUGCCAUUGGACCCAGAGGCCUUUUUGUAGGAGACCUUGUCACCCAUCUACAGGAUUGUCCUGUUACUAAUGUGCAAGAUUGGAAUGAAUGUCUAGAUACCAUCGCCUAUGAGCCCCAAAUUGGUUACUGUAUAAGUGCAUCAACCUUACAGCAGUUAAGCUUCCCAGUUAGAGCAUACAAACGGCUAGAUGGUUCCACCGAAUGCUGUAAUAAUCACAGCCUCACGGAUGUAUGCUUUUCCUACAGAAAUAAUUUUAAUAAGCGUUUGUAUACAUGUCUACCUGCCCGGAAAGCGGUUGAAGCCACCCAAGUUUGUAGAACCAAUAAAGACUGUAAAAAAAGCUCAAGUUCAAGUUUCUGUAUAAUACCUUCUUUGGAAACUCAUACUCGAUUAAUAAAAGUAAAACACCCACCUCAAAUUGAUAUGUUGUAUGUAGGACAUCCUCUGCACCUUCACUACACAGUAAGCAUCACCAGUUUUAUCCCACGUUUCAACUUUCUAAGCAUAGAUCUGCCAGUGAUUGUGGAGACAUUUGUCAAGUACCUGAUUUCCCUCUCUGGAGCUCUGGCUAUUGUUAAUGCCGUACCCUGCUUUGCUUUGGAUGGACAAUGGAUUUUAAACUCUUUCCUGGAUGCUACCCUUACCUCAGUGAUUGGAGACAAUGAUAUCAAAGAUCUGAUAGGAUUUUUCAUCUUGCUUGGUGGCACUGUACUUUUGGCUGCCAAUGUGACCCUGGGACUCUGGAUGGUUACAGCACGGUAAUAUUUGCACUCGUCUGACAGAAUCUCUGAGUUAUAAUACACAGCUAUGUGGUAAUAUCCAUUGCCAUUGAAAUCCUUAUUUGGUAUGAAAUGUAAAGUGUUUCCUUAAACUUUUAUCUUAGCCAACAAUUUUGAGCUCCUCCGCUAUCCAGAGUACCCAAACUCUGUGGUAGGGAUAAACAGAAGAAAUGAAAGGCAUCAUCUCUGACUACACUCUAGUUUUAAAGACUAAAUGUACACUGAUGCUCGUGGAAUAAUUUCUAAACAAGUGCAAAUUCAUGUAAUACCAUUUUUUGUGACUACAUAUCAAGUCGAAAUAGUAUGAUAGAGAACAGAAUUUGGAUGGAAUUAACUGAUAAAAACUUGCAAAAGCGCAUCAUUAAUCAAGAUUUGAAGACCAGACUUUGGCCAAGUGAAAAGGUCACUGUUUCCCUGGCCUAGCUCUCUUGUCCUUUGUCUUGUUUGAAAAGUAUUUUAAAAAUUAAUGUGUAUUAUUUUUUAGUCUGAAAACUGAGGUCCGAUUAUAUUUAAACUAAUAAAAUUUUAUAAAAGAAUCUGCUGAUAUUAAAGGGAAAAAUUUUUGUCAAAUGAUGCCAAAUAAAUGAACAAAGUAAGAAGUAGGGCCUAUGAUAUCGAGAGACAUGUUUUGCCCCCACAAGGGUUGCCAUUGAUAAGGUGUUUCUGCUCCCUCAGAAAGCAGCCCUGGGCUUGGCAUUCAGAGUGAGCUGCAGGAAGAGUCACUAGCAGCAUGGGAGCUGAGGCAGUUAAGGUUGAACCUCAGAAUUAAGGUAGGUCUUCUGACAGACCACAGACAGAUCACAGGAUCUUCAGCUGGCCUGGUGACCACUCUCUAUAGAUCUUAGAAGCUUGACAACCAUUCCAGAGUAGACAUUUUCUCUUCUGCUGCUGAGGCCAUCUGGGGCCUCCCUGCUGUGUUCUUGUCUUCAAGAAGCAAUGACCUUAAACCCUAAGCCAUACUCUGUCCUCACCAGCGGCUUCCAUGCCUCUCUCUGUCGGGUAACUAAAUACCUAGUCCUUGCUUUCCAUUUUGCCCCUGAGCUACCUCUUUGGGUCCAUGGAAAACUUGGUAGUAUAUUGACAAUGGCUACACAUGAGUACAGACAUGAGUUUUCGAGAGCCUGGGAACUAACUCUUCAGCUUGAAAGAACCACACCUGGUUUGACGUCUUUGGGAGUAGAGAUCCAGCAGUGGGAAAUUGGGAAAUUCAACAGGCCAGUUGCUCUUAGAAGUGUAAGAGCUUACUGUUUCUUUGAUUGCAAAAAAUACCCAUUUUUCUCAGACUCAAGAAGUGAUAAAAGGCAAUAAGUCAUUAACAACCAUAUAUCCAACCUCUUCUUGAGUGGAGUAUUCCACAGGGUUAUCUUUUUUCAGACCAUUGAAUUGCUCUUUAAGCACUCAAACUUUUUAGUCAUUUUUAAGAAACUUUUUAGAUUGUAUUACAAAUUUGUCUUCCUUCUUAAACUGAAAUUAUAUAUUGCAUAUAAUUUUAACAUGUUAUUAAUAUCAGUAAUAAAACCAUACAAAGUAUUAGUUUAUUCCAGAAAAUAUGGCAUUUGUUCUGUUCUUACACAUUCAUUCAGUAUCUGCAUAGUAAUACUCAGACCUGUGACUAGUAGAGUUUGGGGAAUCAUGAAAUACUUACAAAAUUAAUUUAAUUCUAUGAACUAAGCAGUUUACUAAUGAAAAUAUAUAUGUAAAGUCAGGUUUUCUUAAACUGAGAAAAAAAGGAAAUGAAAAAAACUUAAUAAAGGAAAUCCUAUCCAUUAACUUAUUUUUCUGGGUAAAAAUUCCAAAAUCUUUUUUUUUUUUUUUUUUUUUUUUAGCUUUUAAACACUUGCUCUGUUGAUCCAUAGGAUCAGGGUUUGGGAAUCACUAUACUAUGAAAUUGAGCAGAUCACUACCAUUUGUACAGAGAUGGCCUCGUUGUGUAAGAAAGGAAAUAUGUGGGGCGGCGCCUGUGGCUCAGUCGGUAGGGCGCCGGCCCCAUAUGCCGAGGGUGGCGGGUUCGAGCCCGGCCCUGGCCAAACUGCAACCAAAAAAUAGCCGGGCAUUGUGGCAGGCACCUGUAGUCCCAGCUACUCGGGAGGCUGAGGCAGGAGAAUCGCUUAAGCCCAGGAGUUGGAGGUUGCUGUGCGCUGUGUGAGGCCACGGCACUCUACCGAGGGCCAUAAAGUGAAACUCUGUCUCUACAAAAAAAAAAAAAGGAAAUAUGUGUUGUUUUCUUUACUUGAUUGUGGGUAAGGACCAUGUCAUAUUCAUCUUUUCAUCCCUGACACAGUGCAUGAGACAUCCUAAGUACUUAAUAAAUGUGGUUGAAUGGAUAAUGAUUACCAUUAUUUAUGGAUUAGAAAAGCAUGUUUCUAUUUAAGUGUGCUGUAAAAAAUAUUCUUGAAUAUUUACUGUAAAUAUAUGUUAACAUAAAAAAAACUUGGGAGGUCUUUGUGUCCCUGGUGUAUUAUCAUUUAUAUGGAAAGAAUCCAUUUUGGUUUCUGUGGAGUGAUUAGAAAAAUGAAUUAUUUUGAAGAUUUGAAGAAAGUAUUCUGUGUUGUCACUUUGUUCAAUAGUAAAACUUUAUUCUCAGUGUUCCUACUCUGUAUUGUUUACAUUUUUGAGACUUCUCUUAAAUUACCUACAAUCUAUAAAGAAUGUAUAUAUUCUUUUCAGCAUCUCAGUUUGAAAAGAUAUGCAGUUAAACUUGACCUUUUGGUAAGCGCUCUUAUAGGUCAUUGUCUGUUCUAACAGCAAAUUGUAAACAUGUGCUUCAUAGAACUGUGGCUCCCAGUCAUCAUUUUGUCCUAUGGUAUUUAUUAAUAUUAAAUGUUCACAUACUAAUGGUGCACAGGUAUUUUUUUCUAUAAAUCUUUUGAAGUUUCUGUAAGUCAUUCUUAAGCUUUAACUUGAAGAUAUCAUAAUUGCCAGCAUUGGAUCUUUAGCAAUAAAAGAAUAAAUGUGUACCAGCAUGUUAUGUUUA